AUGAGCCGUGCUGAGAUGGGGAUGUCACUCUCUCUAUCCGUCUAUUUUAUUAAAGAAUGUGUUGGUGGUGGUGGGGGUGGUGGCGACGGUGACAGUACACAGACUGAGGAUGCGGCAACACACAAUACUGAGGCACUGGUUUGUCUACUGAGGCUUUCACUGAGCCAACUCGUGGGUACACUCAUGCUACUGUCGUUGUUCGGUCUGUGGAUAGGCUUGCGUGCGCGCCUGUGGCGUAACAUCACUUCUACUGUCUCCGCGCUUUCAGCCACAAUUUCGAUAUCUUCAUCGAUGGAAAAUGGCUUUGCUAUCCUAGCUCUUCUACACUCUCGCUCUUCCAGCUCAACGACUCCAGCUUGA